AGUAGUACCGACGGAGUAGUGUUGUGUGUGAUCGAGUGCUAUAGUUGUUGAAUCGUUCAACAGUUUCUUCCAUUUUAAAAUGCUUUCCCCAAGAGAUGAAAACGAAGCACCCGUGUGGUUGAACGAUGAGUUUUUCUUGCAAGUCAUACGGGAAUUUACACACGAUGCCAGUGCGCGGUUGUGUCAUGGGUGUAAGUUACGGCCUGGCACAAAACCUGGUGAACAUUUUGCCAGCGUUAUGUACAGAACGACGAUACACUAUCGAUGCCAUGAAGGCAAGGAGGCAACACUUGACGUGAUCAUGAAGAUCAAACCGUACCAGGAAGGGCUUAAAAAGGAAGUGCUGGAAGACGACGAUCUAUUUUCCAGAGAAAUACACAUCUACAGCAAAGUGUUACCGGAAAUGAAGCGAAGGCUCGAGGACAUUGGUGAAACGUUUAACUUCCCUCGGUUUGUGUUUGCAGCACAUCGUCCGUACACCAUUCUUAUAUUGGAAGACGUGAGUGCAAAGGAUUGGAAAACGGGAGGAUAUAUAACAUCAUUCGAGGAGAUCGUACCGGCCAUCAAAUCCAUUGCGAAAUUUCACGCAGCAUCCGUCGUGAUGGAGCAAGAUGACAAUUCCUUCAGCACUCAGCAUCGCUGUAACGUGGCCGAAAAGUUUAAAGCACUGGAUGGAAUGCUGAAGAAAAGUUUUAAAGAUUUAUUACAGUAUAUGCGAUCUACUGAGGGGUUUGAACAUUUGAUCAAACCUGUAGAAAAGUUGCAAGGAACAUUGCUACGCGAUCUCGUCGCAAGUUACGCACCCUCGCAGAACUGUCUUAAUGUACUGGUGCAUGGAGAUUUCCAUUCGAAAAAUUUACUCCACCAGCAUACAGCGGAUGGACGGGUGUCCGACACUAUGCUGAUCGAUUUUCAAAUUUGCAGUUGGACAACACCGGUAGUCGAUCUGUACUAUCUGCUAGAUACGAUCGUUGAGCAGACGGUAAAGGAACAGCACCGUGAAGCAAUGAUCUUUCUGUACCACGAGGAGUUCCGGCGCCUUUUGCAAAAGCUCGGAUGGCUUGGGCGCAUUACCUCACUGCAGGAGCUGCAUAUGGAGUUACUUCGCAAAGGGGCGAUCGAGCUGUUCCAUUACGUAGCAUUGUAUGCAUAUCGAUUUGUCGAUCGUUCGAAGAUCGAUUUCGAAGCGCUCCUUUCAGGCAAAGCGAGUAAUCCCGCGGCUAGCAGUCCUGUGUAUCGACGUGUGAUGCGCGAAGUAUUGACAAGAUUUCUCCAUCAAGGUGUGAUGGAGCCGUAGUGUUUGUACACGCGGCAUAUCACGUGAGCUGAGUGCGAUAGGGAGGUGCGUGUAUGUGUGGAGAAUGAAAAUAAACAAAAACAAUUACAUAAUGUUAUCUUAUCGCACGCUUAAUUGCGGUUGAACGUGAAACAUUGCCAAUGUAUGCACCAUAACGGUCUACGUGUGAUAAGCACUCCACAAAGGUAUUUGUGAAAUAUUUUCUUUUUUUCUAAUGUGUUUGUGAAAAUCAACAUGAAAAUAAAUAAUAUAUGUACGCAUAAUAUA